AUGGCAUCAACGUCAGACCGAUCUCCGACCAUUGCACCUUCGCCCGAGAAACCGGACAGCCCGGGCAGGACAUCGCCGCCGCAACACGUCAUAAUGACAGCACCAGCGAUGCCGCCGUCCGAGCAGAGGAUGCUGCAGAGAGAGCAGACGGGGGGGAAGAGUACCAAGAGAAGGCAAAGCUGGUCAUGGCGCAGUCUUGGCAGGUUUUGGGAGAGAAAAAGAGAGGACGGCAGUAAGAAUGACUGGUGGUUUGCAAGUACGGGAAUCCCGCUGCUCGCCGCUACCCUCGGCCCAUUAGCCAACGUGCUGUCAAUUGCGGCGCUGGUCACCUACUGGAGGAUGAAUGUGGUGGUGGAUGGGCAGGUGGUGUCGGAGUUGGCUGGUGUGCCGUUCGAGGAUCCGAGAUGGACGUACUGGCUAAACGCCGCAUCUCUGAUAUGCGGGUUCGUGGGCAACUUGUUCCUGCUGAUGAAUUUCACGCAGAAGAUCAGAUAUAUCAUCGCCUUGCCAGUGACCAUUGUCCUCUGGUACACUGCGACCGGGCUGCUCACGGCAGUUCUUAUAUGCAUGGAGCUGUUUGUCCCACCCGACCGUCCUAGUCAGACUUACACGCAAGGCUACUGGUACGGCGUCAUGGCAGCAGUGUUGUACUGUACCUGCUCCAUGAUCCUGAUGAUCAACAUGGUCGGGUAUUGGCGGGGCCACUACCCGCAAACCUUCACUUUGACCGAGUCACAACGUACCCUGAUUCUGCAAACGAUGAUGUUCUUUAUUUGGCUAGCAGGCGGCGCUGGCAUGUUCGCAAGGAUCGAAACCCUCCACGGACAAGACAACUGGACUUUUGCCAACGCUUUAUACUUCUGCGAUGUGACGAUCCUCACGGUGGGAUUCGGCGACAUUGUACCGUCGAACGACGUCUCGCGCGGCCUCGUGUUCCCCUACUCUGUCGGCGGCAUAAUCAUGCUCGGUCUCGUCGUGUCCAGCAUCUACCGGUUCAGCACCGACCUCGGCCAGGAGAAAGUCGUUCGCAAGCACAUCGACAAGGUGCGCAGCCGCACCCUCGACCGCACCGUCAACUCGUCGUUCGAGCUGCGCGAACGCUCCCGGACAAGGCGGCGCCAGCGCUCAUUGCCGGCAGCGGGAUCGCUGGCGCCCAUCAUCUCGGCGCCCUUCAACCCGGUCGACCGCUCCCUCGCCACGCGCAUCCCCGCCCGACCAGAGGAAGACGGGGCAAAGACGAAGAAGAAGAAGAGGAAAGGGGCGGCGGCCAUGGUCCCGUCGGCGGUCCGGCACUACCCGCAUCACCACCCGCGGCGGAAGAAAACGCGGCUGCUGCUCCUGCGCGAGGAGAAGGACCGGUUCGAGACGAUGCGGGCGAUCCAGCACUCGGCGGCGCGGUUCAAGCGGUGGUACGCGCUGACGCUGUCGGUGCUGGCGUUUGGCAUCUUGUGGUGCAUCGGCGCCGUCGUCUUCUGGCGGGCCGAGCAGAAGGCGCAGGGCUUGACGUACUUCCAGGCGCUGUAUUUCUGCUACGUCUCGCUGCUGACCAUCGGCUAUGGCGACCUGGCGCCGAAGUCGAAUGCCGGGCGCAGCUUCUUCGUUGUUUGGAGUCUGAUUGCGGUGCCGACCAUGACGAUUUUGAUCUCGGACAUGGGCGACACGGUCAUCUCGGGCUUCAAAAACGCCACGUCCAAGCUCGCCGACGUCACGGUGCUGCCCAAAGACGGCAUCUGGCACGAUUUCCUGCAGUCGCAACCGCGCCUCCUCAACCUCCUGCAACAGGAGGCCGCGCGCCGCCGCAUCAAACGUGGCAUGGCUCUGGGCCCCGGCGACGAAGAGGAGGACCGGAACCGCGACCCAGAGUCGCCGCCGCCGGAUCCCCCCAGCCUCAGGACUGACGAUGACGACGCAGCCGACCGCACGCCGCCACCGACAGCCACCACCGCCGCCACGGCCAUCACCACCGAUAACGACGACGACGACAACGACCCCGAAACCGAAUCGGACGCUCGCCUCGCACAACGUCUCGCGCGGGCCAUCCGCGCCGUAGCGAACGAUAUCAAGGAGGACGUGGACUCGGCGCGACGGCCCAAGCGGUACCGGUACGAGGAAUGGGUCGAGUUCACGAAGCUGAUCCGGUUCACGGCCGAGGGGCGAGAGGAAGAAGAGCGGGACGAGGAAGAAGACGGGCUGGUGGAGUGGGACUGGAUCGGGGAGAACAGCCCGAUGAUGGCGGGCAUGAACGAGGCCGAGUUUGUGUUGGAUCGGCUGUGUGAGAGUCUGGGGAGGUAUUUGAGGAGGGGGGAUGGGGUUGGGGCGAAGAGGGAGAGGGAGAGGGAGAGGAUGAGGUAG